UAUAUAAACUGCUGCUGCAGUAAUCUGUAGCCAAAUCUGGCGUCGAGCAUGCCAAAUUAAUUAACUUGCUCAUCAUCAUCAAGUGGCGCAGCAGCUGCCCCAUUAAUUACACAUUUAAUUAAUGUCAUUUGACUAGUGUGAGCCAAACGCUUGCGAAAAACCGUGAAACGAGUAUAAAGCGCGCGCGUUCGCCUGACAAUGUGGCAGACGCUAUCAACGCUAACCACAUCACUCAAAAUGCUCCCCACGGCAUUGCACUGUCAGUGUGAGCGUCGUCGACAACGCAACGUCAGGUCAAAGCAACGAUGCCCGAACUUCAGCAACAACACGGAAAUGCAAAGUCAUCUGCUGUAUGGCAGUGCGUCCAGCUCAGCAACAACAGCAACAGCAACAACAGCAACAGCAACAGCAGCAGACAGCAUGACACCAACAGCAGCAACUGAGACGAGUGUAGGCAGCCAUGGCGAGUAUAACACGCGUAGGUGUUCAUGUUGCAGUCGCAACAAGGCCAACUACACGCUGCGCUAUCUGAUGCUGCUGCUCUGCUGUCUCUGCCUCGUUUGUGAUGAUGCGCAUGCAACGCUGCGUGAUGUCAACCUGCUGCCGGAGCCGCCGGCGGUGCGACGUGGCCAGUCAGUGACGCUUUACUGUCUGUAUGAGUUGGACGGUGCGCCGCUUUAUUCCAUUAAAUUCUAUCGCGGCCUUAUGGAGUUCUAUCGCUUUACACCCGGCGAAUUUCCGCAUACGAAAGUCUUUCAAUAUCCAGGCAUCAAAGUGGACGAGCCUAGCUCCAAUGGCAGCAUGGUCAUGAUACGCAACGUGGGCUUCGGCCUUGCAGGCAAUUUCAGCUGCGAAGUAACCGCCGAUGCGCCACUCUACUCAACCGCCACUGCCUAUGCAAAUGUUCAGGUUACGCAAUUACCUGAAGCACGACCUACGCUACUAACGGAACAUUUACGCUAUGAGCCCGGCGAUAUAUUGCGAGCUAAUUGCAGUGCACCACCAUCGCGACCAAGAGCCGAAUUGCGUUUUACUAUAAACAAUAUACCGGUCAGCAGCGAUGAUGAGAUUCAAUAUAUACGCACAGUUGAGAACCUAAUCACAGCCAGACUGAACCUCAAACUGCAACUACAGUCAGCGCACUUUACUAACGCCCAUGGCAAUCGGAAUUUGCAGUUACAUGGACUAGCUGUUAAUACUAUGUACAUGACAAAUGCAUUGAUAGCCAAUGCGGCCAAUGGUCAUGCUGGCAAUGCUGGUGGUGGUGGUGGUGCCGCUGUUGGGAGUCUCAUGUUGCGUUGCACGGCGAAAAUUGGUGAUUUAUAUCAAGACUACAAGGAAAUCGAAUUGGGCACACCGCAAAAGGAUCCGGUGCCGGCCAGAGUUACACUAUCGACGAACUCGGGUCUACGCAAUUUCUUGGAAACCUAUUUUAAUACAUCGGGAGCAAGAGCGACGAGCAAGAAAUCUAAUAGCAUUGGCUGCAUUAUUGUAGUUUGCUAUUUAAUCAGCUUAUGCUGGCUAAGAAGCAACAACAGUUAAAUGCAAAAAUAGCUAAUGCAGUUGUAAGCUACACACACAGACACAGCCAUACACACACACACACAUACAUAAGUAAUAGGCUUAGAUGCUGAAGCGCAUUUGUGUUGCAAUUGCUUUUCGGAAUAUUGUUUUUGGUAUUAAAUAAAGUUUAGCGACAUAACUGCAUUAAUUAUAUGUGUAAUCGUAUGUAUAUGUAAACUAAUUACUAUAUAAAUUACAUAAUAUUUGUUAUAAACACACACACACACGUACAUUUUGUAAAUAUUUAUUUUGUGAUGUAAGCUCCAUUGCACGUAAUUUAGAUGAAAGCAACACAAACACACAACAUGGUUAAUUGUUAAUGAAUGGAUUAUUUAAUGAUGCAUUAAAUAUUGCAUAAAUUAUAAAUUCAAUUGCUGCCACACACACACAUACACACACUUAUACAUAUACGAGCAAGUAUAUCAUGCUUAAAUCUAAGUAAACAAUUCAAGCAAAUCAAAACAAUUUAAUAAUUGUCAUUCAACCAAAAAAACC